UUCGCAAGUCUGAACUUUCUGUUUAGCUUUUCUAAGCCCAAAAACCUUCGACAAGAUGGGAAACAUGUUGUGCUGCAAGAAGCGCCCGGGAAUCAUCCAGGGUGACGUCAAAGACGGCGCCGCGUUCGCCAACGCUAAAGGCCAGCUGGCCUCCACCAAGACCAAAAUGGGAGACGGGUACAACGCCUUACUUCUUGAUGCGAUACUGGUGUCCACUUUAGUUUUCGAUACCCAUCCUUUACAUUUAUUGAUAAGCAUGGUCGUAGACUAGUGUUGGUCCACCGAGUAAUUUGCCAAUCAUGCACAUUAUGUUGGUGAUGGAAUCUCAGGGAAAUUCUAGGCAAAUUGCCGAAUAGAUUCGAGUGGUCUUGUUAAGGAUGGAACAAACUACAUUUAGACAAAUACAUGAUCACAGAUCCGCUGAUCCGCAAGCCGUGAGAGCCAUGGAAGCUCUAUAUGACCAGGUGGCUGGCGACUUGCCUCAGUUGUCUGCUAAGACCGGUGCUAAGCUUCCUGCGCUGAAAAAGAACCCGCCGAAAAACAAGAAGGAUUUCGCUACCAAUCUCUUGCUGGGGGCUUAUUCCUAGAAUAUUAUAGGCUAUAACGCAUCCUGUGGACAUAGAAUACAGGCUGUGAAACAUCCAUCCUGUGAACAGAAAUAGAAAACCUGGUUACGACUGUUUUGAAGUGUGAAAGUAUUUUUGAAAUUGCAUUUGAUUGUCGUAGAACUCAAUUUUGACAAAAGAGAUUCUUUCAGGGAAGCCGUAGGUCCUAGCCGAAUCGACCAACAUCAUCAUUCUUGAUCUUGUUCGUGUCUAUCAAUCGGUGACUCUAUUAACGUGUGAAGUCUAAGAACUAUUGUUUUGCGAUGCCAACAUCAUACUACCGACAAGGAAAAGGUGGCUAUGUGAAGAUUAAUGAAAAAAAUAAAUCAUCGUAAUCAGUCAUGUUGAAAGUAAUUCUGACUAGGAUUAUCAUUGUACGUUUUUUUGGCUCGCAGAUUGAUUGAUGAAAGAAUUAGAACGGCAUCAAGAUAAAGUCACAAUUAAGACAGCACUGAACGAAGUAUGGCAAUGCUGUAAUGAAAGUCAUUUUCGAGGACCAUAAUUCAUGAAAUAAAGAAAAACUACCACUGGCAAGUGACAGCAAAAGGACCGCAAAACGUGGGUG